UGGCGGAAUCUAAAGGCAACAAAAAGUACCCUUCAUUCUGCAGCAGUAUUUUUCCUCGUCAUGAAGAGUCCUCUUCCUUUCCUGGGCUGGGUUAGAGCGGCGAGCUUGUUCCUGUGCUUGACCCAGACCGUCCUGGCCAUGGUCCUCACCAACUCCACGCGCCUGGAGUCCAUCCUGGACAGGUACAGGGACAAGGAUGAGGAGUGGUGGAGGGCAAGGCCGAGAGGGAAGAGGGCCAUCAGCGAGGGCGACAUGCACCUCAUUCUGGACCUGCACAACAAGCUGCGUGGCCAGGUCCACCCUCCUGCCUCCAACAUGGAGUACAUGGUAUGGGAUUAUGAGUUGGAGAGGAGCGCAGAGCACUGGGCACAUACCUGCCAAUGGGAACAUGGACCGAGCCACAUGUUGACACAGAUAGGCCAAAACCUCGGAGCGCACUGGGGCAGGGACCGUCCCCCAACCUACCACGUCCAGGCCUGGUAUGAUGAGGUGAGAUACUACAGCUACCCCUACUCCCAGGAGUGUAACCCUCACUGCCCGUUCAGAUGUUCUGGACCCGUGUGCACUCACUACACUCAGCUGGUGUGGGCUACUAGUAAUCGUAUUGGUUGUGCCAUCAACGUGUGUUACAACAUGAACGUGUGGGGAAUGAUCUGGGCCAAAGCUGUGUAUCUGGUCUGCAACUACUCUCCUCCGGGGAACUGGUGGGGUCAUGCUCCAUAUAAAUAUGGGACGCCCUGCUCCGCCUGUCCAGCCAGCUACGCAGGAGGCUGCAGGGACAACCUCUGCUAUAAAGACGGGGGUGUGGACAGACGUCCUCCUCCUGAGAUCGAGGAGACCAACUACAUUGAACCUGAACCCGAACCAGUGAGGGACAGAGAUCCCCAGCCCAGGGCCCAGUCGCCAGACCCCUCCCCCAAUGACAACCUGGACAGAAACCAGGCUGUCAGCACAGAGCAGAUGUGUCAACAGGUCGAGUGUGACACUAAACUGAGGGAUCAAUGCAAGGGAACAACCUGUAACAGAUAUGAGUGUCCGCCCGGCUGCCUUGACAGGGCUGGAAAAGUGGUUGGGACUGGACAUUAUGACAUGCAAUCCAGUGUGUGUGGAGCUGCGUUACACUCUGGUGUUAUUGACAACGAUGGAGGAUGGCUGGAUGUGACCCGGCUGGGCAGGAAGCAACAAUUCACCAAAUCAUACAAGAAUGGUAUUCAGUCAAUUGGGAAAAACAGAAGUGCAAAUUCCUUCAAAGUAGAGUCAGUGCCUGUCAAGGCUGUAAGAUGCGAUACCACCGUGGCACUUUUCUGCCCCUUCAAGAAACCUCUACGACACUGUCCCAGGUUGUAUUGUCCCAGGAACUGUUUGCGUGACGGUCGAGCCCGAGUCAUCGGGACAAAGUUUUACUCAGACAAAUCCAGUAUCUGCAGAGCGGCCAUUCACGCUGGAGUGAUCCAGAAUGAGUCCGGGGGUUACCUGGAUGUGAUGCCGGUGGACAAAAGGAGGCAGUACGGUGGCAGUUACCAGAACGGCAUCACUUCAGAGAGCCUAGUGAACCCAACAGGAGGGAAAGCCUUCAGAGUGUUUGCAGUCAUCUGAAAAACCGCUCUCGAGGGGCAGAGCACCGUUAAAACAUGGCCACUUCACAUCCAGCAGACCCACUCAUUAUCAUCUCACGAUCUGUAAUUACAUUCACUCCUACAGUAAAUAAUUCAGCUGCUCAGCCUCUUGACACCGAGAGCGCAA